AUGGAAAAAAGUAACAAAUACUACAUGGUGAUGGAAAACCUAUUCUACGGUAGAAAAGUCUCUAGCGUCUACCACCUCAAGGGAGCUGAGGGUCGCGACACCUCCGGUGUAAACAAGGUUCGACUUGACAUGAAUCUGUUGGAGGAAGAUCCUAUUUUCAUUGGAUUAGAUGCUAAGAAAGCCUUUGAGAUUGCACUCUGGAACGAUAAUUCUUUCUUGUCGACAAUCGAUGUUAUGGACUAUUCUCUACUCGUUGGCAUGGACGAGGAACGCAAGCAGGAACGUUGA